GAGGGCGUCUCGCGCUCGCGGGGGCGUGGCCUUGGCGCCGUUAAGAUGGCGGUGGGUUGGAGCUGACUCCUGCUGAUUCCUCUUCUGGAAGGGCUGAUCAAAGGCCACCAGCAGCGGAUGAGCCUCUAGAGCUGGAAGCAGAGCUGCAGGAAGGCACAGACAUGGCAGCCAGCUGCCCUCCUUCCCCUGGGCCCCGUCAGGGAUCCAGGCAGGAGCCGGUCCCCAGGGCCAAGAGGCUGUCGGAUUCCACAGCGCAGGUGCAGGCCCUGCAGUCAGCUAAGAAAGCCUGUGUGCUGAGCCGUGACUGCAGCACUCCAAAUCCAGCAGGGAAUGCUCUGUUCCCUUCCCCAGGCUCUGGCUGCUCCCUUUUCCUGGAUGAGAGUGGGCAGGAUGAGCUUGGGGCCGGUUUGUCCGUGUCCAAAUACGACGACGUGGCCAUUUCCCUGGACAUCAGCCGGUGCUUCGACGACAGCGAGCUGGACGACUCCCUGCUGGAGCUGUCAGGCAGUGAGAAAGGGAAUUCUCCCUUUGAUUACACCGAGGAAGAGAUCCAGGAAAUCUUGGCAGAUGAUUCCACGGAGGCUGAGCAGCAGCACCUCGCUGGUGAAAGCCACCUGAGCCAAAGUGAGAGCGGGAAGAGCGAGCAGGCCGAGAGCAGCGGCUGCACCGCGGGGACGUCGCUCAGCGAGGCGGCCUCAGAGCUCACAGAGGAAGCAAAGGAACCCCAGGAGCAUCCCUCAGGCAGCUCUGGCUGUGGUCCUGGCUUUUUGAGUGGCAGUGCUGCUCUGGAUGGGACCCAGAGGCUGCAGCAGGAGCUGGACCUUGACCUGCAGGAGCUGCUGAGCCUGAGCCCGUUCGCCGCCGCCUGCGCCGAUGAGGCUCUGGAGGAAAACAACCUGGAAAGAGAAACUUUGGAUGCCAUGAUAGAUGAUUGCUUGGGAUAUUCCACAGUUGCUGGGAGCUGCAUUCCUGAAAAGUCCUCAGAAAGGGUGAUGCCUAAAGGCCAGGAAAGCCUGGCUCAGGAUUGCCUGGGAAAAUCCGUGCUCUCAUCCGGCCUUCCCUGUGGCCAGAGCACAGGGGAUGAGAGUCCAGCAUCUGUGAUGCCACCCAAGAAAGAACUUCCCAAAGCAACAACGAGCUGUUUGUCAAGGAAAUCAGGCUCUCCAGAGGAUGCUGAAGGGGAAUCCACAGGAGCUGAGCAGCCACCAGGCAGCACUAAAUUAAGGGACACAGCUGUAGGCCAGAGUGGGCAGGAAGAGCCACCCAGUGGGAAGAAAAGUGCCAAAGAAAUUCCUGUCCCACAGGAGGAGGAAGAAAGGCCAAAACAACGGAGCUGCAUUUCAGAAGCACAGCCUGAGCAAAAGAGACGUUUCUCUCCAGGCUGUGCCAAUCCAAGUGAGGAAAAGUGUGGCUAUUACCUCAGAGGUGGUGACCUCUCCUUCUUGGUGAUGGAAGAGUAUGUUCAGGCAAAGGAUCCUGGAGCCACCUUUGGGCUUGGCCUGGCUGGAAGCAGCACAUCUUCAGGAGAACUUCCCAGUGCCUUUUUCCCAAACCAGCUCUUUGGGAAAAGCUGGUGGCAGGGGAAGAGGAGAGAUGGCAGCUCCUCACUGCCAGGCUGUUCCUGUGCAGGAACUCCCAACCCAGGCUCCUCCAAACCUUCCUCAGGCCAACCUCUGUUGGCAUUUGAUGGAACAAGUCGGAUCCUACCUCAUCCCCUAAGUGCAUGUGGAGUGGUCUUGUGGAGGAGUUAAAUAAAUACAGAUACCCCAUGGCACACUACAAAGAGUAAAUCUUUUUCAUGUCAUGGUCCUGCAUCUCCCAGCUUUCCAGAGCACCA